AUGGCUACCACCAUCUUGGAUUUGGUCGAUAAACCACUAGCCAUCAAGGUUAUGCCUCACAGUCUCCUACAAGCUUUCGAUAAGGACUAUGGGUUUGACGACCCACAGCAUUACACCAGAGAUCGGUUCGUUCUCGUCCGGCAUGUAUCUGCAGUCCGACAUCUGAUCGGUACGCAAAACCGAGCAGUGGUGGAGGUGCCGGGACAAGGUUCGCAUAUCCACCUGUUUGACGCCUCCCACGGAGAGUUCGAAAAGGGAGAUUGUGUGAUUAUUUUUCUCCCCAGAGCUUUCCUCCCUAGGGAUGCUCACUCUGUAUUUCGAUCCUUGGGGGCAAACUUCACUCUGAAAGGCGAAGUCGGCGUCCAAGUGAAGUAUAUCAGCAGCAACGGGCUAUACAGCCACGGGGUUGUCAAGUCCGUCCACGACUUUCCCGAGAUAGAAGCAAUACUUGACGGACUUGCCGAGUUUUACGGAUGCAAAAUGCAAGCAGUUUCAGACCUCAACGCUCUUUUUAAUUUGGAAAAAGUCCUUGGGGUAAAGAGGUGGGGUAUCAAAACAUCACCACAAUUCAUCGGGCCUGCACCGGGAUUUUACAAAAAGUCGGCAAUGUCUAGGCUAAAAGAUUGUCCCAACCUCUUCAAAAAGUCAAAGUACAAGCACUUUACCUACCAGGAGUCGGUGAAAAUGGACGGAUCUUCAAUGGCUGUCUACUUCAUCCCAAAGUACUCUCCGUUCUUCACGACGCUGCAUCCCCUUCCUCAGCCACACGGUCCUCACAUGAUGCUGUCCAACGGCAGGUUUGGCGUCUGUUCCGCCAACAACGACCUUGCGGAGCGCGAAGACUGUCUGUAUUGGAAAGUUGCCCUGAGAGCAAGGCUGCCGCAGAUCAUGAACAAGCAAAACUUGGACAUGGUCCUCCAAGGCGAGCUCGUCGGCGACAAAAUCAACCAAAAUCGCCACAAUUAUGGACCGGGUCAACACGACUUUUUUGCAUUUGAUAUUUACGACCAUCUCGACGAAGGUGACUGGCUUCCGGCCAACGAUGUGGUGGCGUGGUGCAAAGAGUUCGACGUGAAACACGUCCCCGUCAAAACGACUCUUCACAUCACCGACAUUGCGAAAUGCCACGAGGAUAUAUACCAGCGUGCGGACAAAGAAGUGCUACCAGAUGGGAGCUACGCGGAGGGUUUGGUGUUCAAGUGCCUGCAGGAGGCGGGAAGAAGGUUCAAAGUUCACAACCGUCACUACUUGAAGCAGCAUGGGUCGAACAACUUGAACUAA